GGAAGCAGGAAUUUGGAGGAAGCAGAAUCUUGUGACUGAUGUGAAUCAACAGUGUUCGAAUCAUCCGGGUUUAAUUCCUUAGAAAAAAGAAAGGAAAAAUCUGGACCGAACGAAACCUUAGACUCAUCUGAUGUAUUCGAUGUAUGCCUGUUCGUCACAAAUGUCGUGGACAAAAUUAGUUUGUAUCCUUAUCGCUGGUGUGUACAUCCAGCUAACUGACGGGGUAAUCCCACCAGACCCCGGAUGUGGAAGCACUAAGGUGUGUUGGCCCUCGGAAUGUCCCGUUGGCGGAUGUGUUGGAUUCCUGGUUAGUUGGUGGAACACCGAUUUGGAUUAUCUGCGCUUCCAGAUGAAAGUUGAGUUUGUCACUCAAGGCGACCACUAUAUCGCAUUAGGUUUCUCCGGCAACAAUCGGAUGCCGGACAGCAGUAUUGUCAUGUGUCUAAGUGAUGCAAAUGUCCAGCUAGGCUAUACCUCGGGUCGAACAUACGUCCCAGGAACGGACUUGUAUGGAAUUCGGAACACAUCAGUUGUCAUUGAGAAUAACAUCACCACAUGCACCUUUGAUCGAAUCAAGAACCCAGUCCGGAACGCAGCUCAACUAAGAUAUCUAAGCAACCCGUUCUUCCUCCUUCGGGCUUGGGGACUAGCCACAAAUGGAGUACCAACCUACCACGGUACCACACGAGGAGUGUCUCCUAAUGAGUACUCGUAUCCUACCUCAACGGCCGCAGGACACACUACUGCAACUCCAGAAACUACAACAGCCGCAGGACACACCGUACUUCCAUUAACUACAACCCUCGGCGCAAGUCUCAUGGUUGCCAGUCUAUUCUACAUAUAGGAACGACAGUGAAUCAGAGGGUCGCAAGACUGAAAAUCUAUCAAUCUACGGAUUAUUAACCAUUCAUUAUAUUAAAACAUAUUUGUUAAAAUAAGAAAACAUUAAUUUUUAUGUCACACUACAAUAGGUCUAAUUAGGUAAGUCUUUUGCAGUGUUAUUUGUCUCCUGAUAAGUCCAAACUGACAGUACGUAAUGUAAAUGAAUAACGUUAAUCAAAUAACAAAAUAGAUAGCAAUAUAGAGCUUAUAGAUGGAGAUUUUCGCUAUGGUAACGGAAAGCAUAUUAUAAUCACUAACAUUUGUUGAUUAUGGCAAAUAAUUGAAAACCAUCACUAUCACCGAUUAAGUGUUGUAAAAAUUUAAAAAAAAAUACUAAAAAAUAUGAAAACCGCUAAUACAGAUUAAGAAAGUCCCCCAAAGUCGACAAUAAACAUUUCCUUGGAAUGUCUGACUGUAGAUUAAUUACAUUUUGCAAUUUAAUCAAUGUGUUAUUAACUGGGGCACGUUCAACACGAGGGAUAACUCAAAUAAAACGCGAAGCUUUCAUAGAGUGUUUAGUAACGGAAGGGAAAUAACUCCUACAGUAUAGUCUGUUUCUCUGGUGCUGAACAAAUAAACUUCAAACUGUUUUUAUCGUUACUUCUGUGUUAAAAUUACGGUCAACGAAGUACAUAAGGUAGUAUAAUAUGAUCAAAUAUUUUUUGUAUAUAAUGAUUUGUUUGUUAUAAAUACUUCAUGCCAAUUAACAACAAAAACGUAGAUGUAAAUACAUUUUUCUGGAAAAGGCUAUACCACGAAGGGGGGUAACAGUUUGUGUGAUUUUAUAAAAAUAUAAAUAGCUUUUCUCCACUGGCAUUUAGAAGCUUGAAAAAUUCACUUAGAAUACCUUGAUAUAUGAGCUUUCAUUUAGCAUAUAGACUUUUAUCGACCACAAAUAUUUUCUGGUUAAAAAAAACAAAAACUCAAACGAACAUACCACAGUCGGGUACGGGAUUGGCGAGAAUUACGUUUAACAAAUAAAAUUAUAUCACUUGACCUAAGAAAUGAGAAAAUACCUUAUAAAGCAUAGGUAACUGGUGGCCUCCUUCCUUACUGUGACACUAAGCAUCAAGACUUAUUUCAAAUACUAGUAUACUACCAAUAACAUGUGCUCGGACCAACUGUCAUGGCGAUUUAGACAUUACGGUAACCUCCCUUUUACGCCAUCUAGCGAUAACUGAAGUCCCUAUAAGAAUUGUCAAGUUUGGACGGAAAGGUAUUAUCUAUUAAUAAAUCCACAAAAUGUUGACAUCAGUAUUGAAGUACGGAGAAUUACGUCAGAUAAAUGCAUGAAUGUGUAGAAAGAGAUGUAUCCAUAUGAUAUAUGCAUGCAUUAUAUUGCGUUUCAUUAUGAAGGGAGUCUGAGUUUAUAGUAUCAGAAUUUAUCUUUUGUAUCUAUUUGAUUGUUUUCAUUAAAAUCUUCAUUGUUCUA